CAAAACUUUAGCUUUUUUGGGUGCUUGGCUUCGCCCAUAAAUAAUCCUCCCUUACAAUUCCUUUCUCCCCUUUUCCUCUUCUUUCAUUCUACCCCCUACCUAUAAGCUAUUUCUCAGCCAUGAUGUCCACCGUUCUCCCCUCUGAACCCGUCUUUAGCAAUAGUAGUAGUAACCCCUUGUUUGUCUUUAACGGCGGUUUCACCCCGUGGGAUAAUCUCGAAUCUUUUUUUACUUCCACUCUUCAUAAACCUACUGAUUCAAAUAAACCCAAGUCUAGUAAUAAUAAGUCCAACCUAAGCUGUUACCAUGCCGGUUUUGGUCUAACUUCGGAACGUCCUAACCUAAGUUGUUACCAUGUCGGAUCAGACUUAGGUUCGGAACAUCCAAACCUAAGUUGUUACCAUACUGGAUCAGGCUUAGGUUCGGAAUUUUCAAACAAUUUAUUGCCUAGUUUUGAUAAUACAAAUCUAGGUAGUUGCCAUAUUAGUUCAGACUUAGGCUCAGAAAGUCAAAGCACAAAUACAACUUGUUUUGACCAACUUAACUUAAGUCAAUACCAUGCCGAUUUUGAAAGCCCAACCCAACAAUCACCUCCUUUUGACGAACUUGACCUAGGUCCUUACCAUGUUGGUACCGAUUUAGGUUCAGAACGUCCAAACCAAAGAUCCCCUAGUUAUGAAGAAUUGAGCCCUGAUCAGGAUCAACCAAACCAAAACUCAAACCCUGUCAACUCAAGUUCAGGUUCAGGUUCCGAUGAUCCAAACCAGAACCCAAAUCGACGUACGUGUCUCGAUGAUCCGGUCAAAGCUGAGAGCAACAUUGAUGAACGAAAGCGCAAGCGGAUGCUAUCGAACCGGGAAUCAGCAAGACGGUCCCGGAUGCGGAAACAAAAACACCUAGAAAAUCUAAGGAACAAUGCGAACGAACUUAAAAUCCAAACUCGGGAGCGGUCGAACCAUCUGCGGUUAAUGACCCAUCAAAUUCAACUUGUAAGGAGAGAAAAUGAACGGCUCAAAGCCGAAUCAUUCAUACUCCAAAGGAAAUUAAUGCAUCUCAGCAAUAUUUGGAAACUUCAGCAACUUCAACAACAACAAUGUUCGUUCUCAACGGCCAGCAACUUAAUGCACGACCAUGCAAAUAUAUCGAAUCAAAUAAUUAAUUAAUCAGCGUAUUAUAUUACUUCACUAUAAUUAAGUACAUACAAAAAAAAAAUCCUCCACUAUUAAGGCUACGCAAAUCAUCUAUAUCGAUAUAUAAAUUAAUAAAUAAUAUAUAUAUAUAUAUAUAUAUAUAUAUAUAUAGAUAUAUGAUGAACGCCCGUACUAAUAAAUAAAAUUGGACAAACAAGGGUGAUUAAUUAUACGAGGCAGCUAUAUAUUAUGAAUUAGAUGUUUGAUCGAUCUAUAUAUUCUCUCAAUCUAUGUAGAUUUUAAGAGAUUAGUGUAGUUUUUCGGAUGAUCUUAUAUUAUUAUUAUUAUUAUUUGAUUGGGCGGGGUGCGGUUUUUUAUUUGUUACUCCAAAUAUGGAAUUGUUCUCUUGUAAAGAUGAAUUAAAGUUGGUGUUUGGUUUAUAAUUAGCAAAAACUUUUGGUCU